CCGCUCUCAGGUUCUUCUCUGCUUAAAAUAAUGUAAAAAUAAAAGUCGAUUAUAAAUAAAUAUCAGCCUAUAAAUACUGCUUAAUGUCGAACUGUCAUUUUUUAAUAAUACGUCGUAUGCGCAUGCGUUUUGUAUACUGGUAAUGUGAACGAUAAAGGUAGAUAUUUUCUCUUUUUUUUCUUUAUUAUAGAAAAGAUGCAUCCAUAUAUAUAAAGUAUAUGGCCGCGAACUCUGUGUUUACACGUUUUGACGUGUGACUUCGCAUAUGAGACUUUAUUAUAUUUUGUGAAUGUCACUUACGAAAAGUAAUCGUGCGAGGUGCGGGCAAUUGUCUAGCGAUUUUUCGUAAUAUCGUCUGAUCAAAAGAUAUUUAAGGAAGACAUUCAGGUAAAUAUGACAGACGUCAGGCUGCUUAUUCAAGAAGAGGGACGCACGGCCAGGAACCUGGUAACCUUUAAUGUACCUGUCGGCACGAAUAACAUAGAAAAAGUUACAAAGAAACCACCCAGUGUGCCAAGACAAAUGCAAUCAAGUUCGACGAAACGAUCUAUGAAAUCAACGACGAGAGUAAGGUCUGCUUCUACGGGUCGUGAUAAAAAGUCUGAAUUACAGGCACGAUACUGGGCAUUUCUGUUUGGAAAUUUACAAAGAGCGAUUGAUGGUAUCUAUCAAACAUGUGAAGAGGAUGAGAACAUCUCCGAGUGUAAAGAAGUUAUUUUAGUGUUGGAGAACUACACGCGAGACUUUCAUAAUUUAAUAGAAUGGUUCAAAGUUAAAUGGGCCUAUGAAAAUUCAUCACCACCACUACGACGAACUCCGUUGGCUUGGGAAGUUAGGAAAACGUCCCCUUGUCGAAUGUGGAAUUCAACCAUAAUUUCACCAAAAUCCACCAGUCCCCUGCAGAGAGCGAGUCCAACGGAAUCAGUUUGCAAGAGUCCGGUUGAUCAGAUAUGUGAAAGUAAAUCGAUUGUAACAGACAAUAAAGUUAAUCAUGCUAAAGAGGAUUUUGUUCACAAAUUAUUGAAAGAUAAUAAAAACAAUGUUUGUAAAAAUUGUUCUUCCGAUAUUAAAGAGAAACGUAAAAAUGGAAUGGACAAGACAGUAAAUCAAACGGCAAAUAAGGAAAAAUCGACGCCGACGAAAAUGUCUAACAAAGUUUUUGUGAAGCAAACGGUGCAAUCAAAAACGAAUAGCUUCGUGGAUCGCAGGACGUUAAACGACAAUGCAACAUGUGAUUUGAAGAAUAAAAUAGAUGUUAGAAAUAUUUUUAAGCAAACAAAGGACUGUUUGCAUGGCAACGUAAAGCUAGUUGAUUCUAAUUUAUCUGCGGAGAAACAAGAACAAACGUGUAGAGGUGAUAAAAAUGUUCAACUGAGUUUAUGUACUAAUUGUGAACUUAUGCAAAAGGAAUUUAAUGGCGUGAAAGAUGGUAAAACAGAUGGGAAAAGUAUGGAUAGCAAAUUAUUGUGUAAUAAAAAUAGUGGACUGGAAAAGAAUGAAAUUAAUACCAAAGUUAAGAAAGAUAGUAAUAGAAAGUGCGAAAGCAACAUCAAUACUGAAAAGUUAAGUACAAAAACAGCCAUUAUUCAGAAUACUUUGGAGAAAAUAAAUCAAGUUAAUUGCCAAAUAAAUAAACAUUCUCAUGAAAUUGAAUCUAAAUCAAAUACUAAAGAUAUUUCAAACGCGUCUAAUAAUGUAGAUAAAAACGCAAUUAGCGUAAACAAACUCGCCUAUUCAACUGUGUCGCAAACAAAAAGAACCCAAGUACAGUCGUCUUUACCCGAAACUCCAAAGUUUAUUAGAAGUAAAACUUGUUUAAGUGAUAAAAACCUGCCUACUUCAAGUAAAAGAAAGCCUGGAACAUCUGUUAUUGUGAGAGGAUGGUUUCAGACUCCUGAAAAUAAGUUAUCAGAACAAAAUACUUUAAAAAAAGAUGAAAAUAGAGACAUGAAUGGAUCUGUAGAAGUUUUAAUCAAACAAACAGCAUCUCUAAAACAAAAAGAUGAAAAUGAUGGUUGGCAAACAGUAAGGAAUCGCUGUAGAAGAGGCAGCACUCAUAACUUGAACAUGUCUACACGAUUUCAUAAACCAAGUACUGCUCUAUCAUUGCCAGUUUUAUCAAUAAAAAGUCCAUCAGAAAAGCUGAAAAAAACUAGUUAUACUCCCGACGGAAACAAGCAAAAGAAAAAGUGUAUUGUAGGGAAAACUGGCAAAAAUAUGAAUAACGAGGUUGAGAAAGUUAAAGGAGAAUUUAUAACAUCUACGAUUAAAAGUAAUUUUGAAGACACAUUGAAAAAGAACACGUUAAAUUUGUGUGAUACUAAUUCGACAUCAGUGAUCGCAGCCAUUUUUAAGAAUGAUGCAGAAUUACUUGAGAAACGUAUACAACAAUUUAUGACCGCUCAGGCAGAAAGAGAAAGAAUUAUCUUGGAAGAAGAGAGGAAGACAGAAGAAGCAGAUUCUCAAAGAUCUCAACAGCUGUCAGAUGAAGAAGCGUCUUUGAAACGCCAGAUUUUGGAGUUAGAAUCCACUGAAAUUGAUGUUGACACCGAAACAGAUGAAACGGAUGGUGAAAUGGUUCUCGAAAUGGAAGACGAGCCUGUAGUAUCACUCAGUGCUGUCACUGAUGAUAUUAGUUUAGAAGAUAGAUAUGAAAAUAUGUUAGAAGGAAUGUCUUGGGCAGAACGAGUUGACACUCUUGCACAAUUACGUGCACUAGUAGCUCGCCAUCCAGGACGUGCUUUAGAACUGCAUCAGAAAUUGUCAUCUCCAUCGCGAAAAAGAUCGCUUCCUGAAACAUUAAGAAGAUAUCAAGCGAAACAGGCCUGUGCUCAGCAUAAACGUCAAAAGUUACUUAUGGAGAAAUCGCAACGGUUACGAGAAUUAUUAAAUAAAGUGGAAGAUGUCAAAAUUGCAAAAAGUCAAUUAAUAGAGGACAAAAGAAUCAGAAUGGAAAUGAAGCUUAAAAGGGCAGAAGAAAAUAGGACACAACAUUUAUUAGAAAUAGUAAGAAAAGCACAUGACGAGGACUCGAAGUUAAAAGAAAUUGCUUUUAUUAAUGAACUGGAGGCGCAAAAUAAGAGACAUGAUUUUAUGGCAUUGUGUCAAGAACAAGAAGAAAGAUUACAGGGUAUUCAAGAAGAACGUCAACGUCGACAAGAGGAAAAAGCUGCUAAAGAAGCUGCAGCUGAAGAACGUCGAAGGGCUUUGGAAGCGGAGCGGCAAUUACGAAUACAGAAAAUGAAACAGGCACGGCGGGAACGUGAGGAAAGAGUCGGCAAAAUGCAGCUUGAAAGAGAAAAAGAACGACAAGAACUAGCCAGAGAAAAGGCACGAGAUCGUGAAGAACGUUUGUCAGCACUUCAUGCAGCUCAACUAGCUAAUCAGGAAGAGUUGCAGAAGAAAAUAGCACAAAAGCAGCAAGAAUCUGCUAGGCGACAUGUGGAGAACAUUGAACACAUUCGGCAACGUGCUGUUGAGUCUUCAAUUUUAAGAUCAGAGGAAGUGCCACCAAUUCUUAAAUCGUAUCCCGCUCAAAAACAAUGUUCUCUAUGCGGCACGAUUAUAUCUAAUGAGGUGCUUCUUCUAAGUCACUUAAAAGGAAAGACACAUCUUGAAGCAGUACGAAAUGCACAUGAUAAUCGUGAGCCAUCGCGAGAUGAACUUCAGCGUUUUAAUAUUGCACAGAUACGGGAUGUCCCUGUUUCCAUGAUUAAUAAUACUAAUAUGAAUAAGGCUGCAAAAGAGAAGCAAAAGGCGCUGAAACGUCGAUGCAGAAAAAUAAAGCAGCGCAUGAGCUCGCGCGGGCAGGAAUGGGAGGACAAAUACAAAAGUGAGACUAAUCAAAAUUUUUCCAUUGAAUCGACUAAUAAAGCUAAAUUCAGACGAAAUUUGAAAGAGUUAGAUAGAUUAUAUAAUAAUCAUUCAAAAUCAGCAUGGUCGAACAUAGCACUUGCCACUUUGGAACGCUGUUUAGGAGAAAUUGUUCGAGCUUUCUCUAAAUCGUGUCCACUUGAUCAAGAUGUUUUUAGAUGCUUGAAUGGAUUUGACACUCUGACAAACUUGUUGAAUUUAGGUUUAAAUAUGCAAAAUGCAUCUCAUAUUUUACCAAAUAAAGCAAUUGUAUCGCUGUGUCGAGUUUACAAGGCAGGGAUCACUGGAAACAUCGAAAGCACAGAAGCUAUCUUGCUGAGUAAUAAAAUUCUUGUUGUUCUUGAUCUACUUUUACAACGUUUAGAGACUCUAACUGGUCUCGACGACCACGCUCAGACUCAGGAUGUAUCCGCCAAUUCAACCGGAAAUGGUACAGUAACCGCCAGCGCGAUGCAAUUGCUGUGCAGCCUGAUCCCUGAAGAACCUUUUGAGAAAACGGCCUUGCAGACUCGCGUUCAAGAUAUUGCCGGAUAUCUGGUAGCCGGCGGCUUAGUGGAUCGUGUGUCGCGCCACAGUCGGGCCCUGAUUGAGACGGAUUUUUUUCUGGAUCAGGAGCAUGAGUCGCCGUUGCUGGUAUCGUCUUACGAUCUUCUCGCGCGUAUCUGCAGCCAUCUGAGGAGGUCUGCCGAUCAAGACGCUGUUAAUGUGCACGGCGAAAGCGGCACGUGCAAUGUCGAGCAGACGAGCAACGAGUCGCACUUGUUGUCGACUUUGUCGACGACCGAGGCGUCAAGCGCGAUCGGCGUUCUUUACGCGGCGGUCGCGUACGCGCCGCAGAAUCAGAAGAGUGUCUCGCCCACCCCCAGCCAGACGUUCACGACCGCCGUGCGGACUCUGGCCAGCUAUGGCCUCAAGCUUCUCAGAUCGAUUGCGGAGCUCGAUCUCCGGACGCUACAGAGCUUUUUGGGCGCCGAGGGUACGAGUUUGCAAUGGCGGCUGAUAGCGAGCCAUCUGAUAACUCGACUGUCCCGCGAUUCCUUGUCAGAGGGAACUAUGCCGAAUACAAGCGGUAUUCACAUCCUUUCGGAAUUGUUUGUCGUGCUCGGAUACUUCGCUCUCAAUAAUCCGGACAAUCAGCUGGUUCUUCAAUCGGCUGGCGCGGGUCCUAGUGUCCUCCAGCAGCUGUGCACUCUGCCGUUCCCGUUUUACGGAGAUCCCAAAUUGAUACCGUACACGUUGCCGGCACUAUUGGCCGCUAUCCACCAGAAUUCUGAGGCAAUGGCGAUAUUGUCUUGUGAAAUGUCAUACGAGUUGCUGGAGCAGUACAAAAAUUCGGAGGAAGGUAAAUUAAAUCCUUUAGUGCGUUUGUUGAAGAAUGACGUCUAGUCGUUGAUCAUAUUUCGUACGCUCUAUUAAAGGUUAGAUUAGUUUAAUUUCGUUUCUUAGAGCCUAUUAACAUUAUUAGGCAUUACAAUUCGCGCGUAUCUUUGACGGAUUGUUAUAGUAAAUAAUCGCUACUCCAACGAGAUAAGAGGUAAAUAGAGAUGAGAAAUUGCAUCGAAUCGCAAUUUGUAGCCGUCUGAUAUUUGAUUAUCGCACGAUUAGAGAUUGAAUCUCAAUAACGAUAAUUCCUUUCUAAGUGAAUGUACGCGCAACGUCUCUUCCCGGGAACGAAAGUGAAUUUGAAAGUUAAAUUUACUCAGAAGUAACGCGAGCAAGAUGAAGGUAUACGUACUUUAAUUUAGAAGAGAGAGAAAGAGAGAGAGAGAGAGAGAGAGAGAGAGAGAGAGAGAGAGAGAGAGAGAGAGAGAGUGUGCUUUUUCCGAAACCAUUUUGGUCGCCUAUUUACGAUACACUGAGCAUGCAUGUUUUGCUUUACAGGCUCGUAGUAUGCAGCGUUUCGCACUUCUGCAAAAUAUUCUAUAGUAUUGUUGGACUUUUUCAAUUAUAAUUAUAUUUUUUUAUCGGAUUGUUUUAGUGCUGUUGUUACAGCUCUAUACAGAAGUCACGUUUACAUUAUUUGAAACACGUUUUCGAAAAGUGUUGAUCUAAGCGAGAUACUUGUCGAGACGUCAGAGUAAAAGGAAGAAUACGCGCCUGCGCGCGUUCGCUUAAACUGAAGGAGUUAGGAGAGAAUGAAGUUACGAUUUACAUUUUCGAAACAAUUGUUCAAUGGAGGAAAUCGUCACCUUGUUUGAAAAGUACACGGAAUAAUGUAUUCCUCGCGCAUUAGCGGCGACUUAUGAUCGAAAUUAUGUCGCCUCGCCGAUAAACAUCACGACGAUCGUUCCUCGGUACUUAGGCUAUAUUAAAGUCCGUUUUCCAUAAUAUAUGGUUAACCAAAAGUUAAGGUUAACUAUAACUUCGAAAUAAUUAAUACAUACUUUAAUAAGCUUAAAUAGUGGUUAAACAAAUUAAAGAUUGCGCGUGUAUUAGUUAAUUUUUAUAAAUUAUAAUCUCAUAUUUUGGUGUUACAUCAUAUAUUAUGAAAACAGGUCUAAGUAGGUGACCAAAGUUAUAGCAAUGGAGAUGAGUUUUCAUUUGAAUUAUACAUACUUUUACGUACGUUCGGUAAAUUCGAAAAUACAGACGAACUUUGCUUAAUUUUUUUCUUACUACGAAAAAAGCACUAUUGUUCUAAACUCUCACAAGAUAGAUUUAACCUCCGUUCUGAAGAUGUAAUAAAGGUGUAGGAGAUGUAAUAGAGGUACGCAAAAUGCUCGAGCGAAACACACGGACUAUCCGUGAAUCUAGUCCUUCCCAUGCAGCACACUUUGGAUACAAAGGAUGUCCUGUGGACAUUUUUACAGCUGUGCUGUAUGGGUUUUAACAGUUAAUAGUAGUUUUUAUAUUUGCAAUCAUCGUUGUGUAUCUCGUACUGUAUUUUUUACUACCGUCCGUUUCCACGCGUGUCAAUCUAACAUGCAAAGAAUGUGUCUUCAAAUGAGCCUUUUGAUAUAGUAAUUCGUUAUGUGGCGUGGCACAAUAGAAAUAGAAGGAUAUUCGUGCCAUGUAAACUUUACCCGGGGUGUAACGGCUCGUAAAUUUUCGCGCAAACUCGAAUUUAUGUUGCAUACGCACGCGUUGCGUGCUCAUUACGUGAAUUACAUUUUCAAAUGUUUCACGCUAAAAGAAUUUAUAAAGUUUGUAGACAAGAUUAAAUAAAAAAAAUAGAUAGAAGGAAAAUAGAAAAUUUUUCAAGGAAACGAAGAAGAUCAGAAAGGAGUUUUUUUAAUUAGCCCAAAAAUUGAUUUUUAAUAUGGUUAUCUAUUUAUUAGGCAUUGUUAUUUCAAGCUUCUGCAAUAACGUAAGCAUAAAAUAAUUUUAUAUGUUAAAAUUCAUGAUAUAUUGCAUUAUUUUUUAAAUUGUUGAUUCAAAUAUACGAUUUACAUGAUUAAUUAUGAAUAGAAUAAUUAUUUUCUGCACUCUAUAUUUAAUUUUAGAAUAAAUGUUGUAUAAAUAAGAUUAUCUUUUUCUUAUUGUACUUACAAUACAGAUCAAGAUGUCAACAAAUUUUUAUUUAUGUCAAAAAAUUGCUCUAUAAUAGAUUACAGAUACUUUAUAAUUAUUAAUUUUAACGAUUAAUAUCUUGUUUUGAGGGGCACAACGACGUUUUUUUGCCAGAUUUUUUUCAUAUAGUAAUGCGUCAAAUGAGCAUAAUUUCAUCGAUAUAAGCUAGUAGGAAUACAGAGUAAUAUGGGUACAGUUCACAUUAUAUGUACUACAGAUUUUUAGUUUUUAUAGUGUAUAUCGGAACGGCUUGAAUAAGUAUCGGCAAUAUUACAUGGACGAUUUAAUUUAAGCAAUUAAUAAAAUAGUACGAUUGAUUACUCUUUGAAUAUCUCUGUUACAGCUAUAGUUUUUAUUUGUAGACGACUUCUGAUUAUCAAUAAUUACAACAACAUAAUAGAGUUAUACUAAUUACAGCAAUUUUUAUAAUUUGGUUGAAUAGAUAAUUUCUUUCAAGUGUAACAAUCACACAGAUUCUCAUCGUAUGCUCCUUCCUGAUCUUUCUUUGGUAUUUAUUCUUCAAGUGACAUGUAAAGAAUAUAGUUGAUUGUAUUUAUUUAUUUAGUACAGAUGGCACGAGUUUUCGUGGCUACAACAGAUGCAUUCGUGCAAUGUCCUGUCCAAUGCAAUUUAAGUAUUAUACCAAUGUAUAAAGUAUCCCAAAAAAUACAAAAGUUUACAAUA